GGCUUCUUCAUCCAGAGGACUGGCUGUCUGUUAGCACGAUGCCAGGCAAACCCGCCCCCAUCAAGAAGGCUCCAGCCAAGAAGGCUGCAGAGAAGGCACCUGAACCCGCCCCGGAGCCUGAACCCGCUCCCGUGGAGGCUCCACCUGCAGAAGCAACACCUGCGGAAGCAACACCUGCGGAAGCCGCUCCCGCUGAGGCACCGGCCGAGGUAGCUCCCGCGGCCGAGGGAGAGGCAGCCCCCGCCGCCCCAGCAGAGGAAACCCCCGCUGCUGAAGGAAGCCCUGCAGCUGCUACACCCGCUGCUGAAGACGGUGCCGCUGCUCCUGCUAUAGAUGCUCCUGCUGCAGAUGCUCCCGCCGAUGCUGCUCCAGCAGAAGCUGCCAUAGUUGAGGAGCCGCCAAAAGCCCCCACGCCCCCGCCUCCUGCAGUCCCCACCAGUGCUCCUCUGGAAGUAUCUGUGGAAGAUGUGAACGAAAACAGCCUUACCAUUAAAUGGAAGGAACCAGAGACUAUCGGAGACUCCGGCCUGGAUGGAUACACCAUCGAGUACUGCAAGGAUGGAACAUCAGACUGGGUUGUAGCUCAAGAGGAGCUGACCGCAGCUAACCGCUAUUGCAUCCAGAAGCUGACGACUGGUGACCUGCUGCAUGUGCGCGUGGUGGCUGUAAACCCUGGUGGCCGUAGUGAACCUGGUGCACUUGCUGAGCCUGUGCCAAUCCGCGAGAUUGUCGCCCGUCCCAAGAUCCGCAUGCCUCGUGCCCUCAGAUCUCGCUGUGUCAAGCAGGUUGGCGAGCAGGUCAACUUGCUUAUACCCUUCCUUGGAAAGCCCAAACCUGUGGUGUCCUGGCUUAAGGACGGUCAACCUUUGGAUACAAAGAGGAUCAACAUCAGGAACAGUGACAAGGACAGCAUCCUGUUUAUCCGCACAACUCAGAGGGAGGACUCUGGCGUUUACGAGAUGACCGUUAAAGUGGACAGCUUUGAAGACAAAGCCUCCGUCACCCUUCAAAUUGUGGAGCUGCCCGGCCCUCCGGCCAGUGUGAAGCUGGUGGACACCUGGGGCUUCAACGCUGCUCUGGAAUGGAUCCCUCCCAAAGAUAAUGGCAACACAGAGAUCACUGGAUACUUGAUCCAGAAGGCCGACAAGAAGACCGGGGACUGGUUCACUGUGUUGGAGAACUACCACAGGCUAACUGCAACCAUCUCAGACCUCAUCAUGGGCAACUCGUACACCUUCAGAGUGUUCGCUCUGAACAAAGUGGGUAUGAGCGAGAGCAGCGCUGUCACCAAGGCUGUGGCCACUAUUCAGAAGACAGGUAUUGACUACAAGCCUCCCGAGUAUCAGGAUCACGACUUCAGCGAGGCACCCAAGUUCACUACCAUGCUCAGUGACCGUGCUGCCACCGUGGGUUAUACCACCAAGCUGCUGUGUUCUGUUCGUGGAUCCCCAAAGCCUAAGAUCGAGUGGUUGAAGAAUCAGAUGGUCAUCGGUGAUGACCCCAAGUUUCGUCAGCUCUCCAACCAGGGCAUUUGCUCCCUGGAGAUCCGCAAGCCCUGCAGCUUCGAUGGUGGUGUGUACACCUGCAGAGCCAAGAACGAACAGGGAGAGGCGACUGUCUCCUGCAAGCUGGAGGUCAAACAGAUUAUUAUUUCUGAUGAAAAGAGCAAAUAAAGCUACACCCAAACUUCGAGAGUGCCUUUAAAGGACCAGCAGAAGUCCAGGUCUUACGUUUGAAGAAUGUUUGAGGAGGUGAGAGAAAAAGUGGUGGCUGGCUGUGCAGCAUAAUGAAAUGUACAUAAUGAAAAAGGGGACAGAACAACAUAUCAACAUCUUUGCAUCCAUUUCUUCACCCAUCCACCCACCCACACAUCCCUGUCCAACCCCCUCUUCCCGAAAGCGCAGGAAAGACCCCCGCCAAAAACCCUGUCCUAGUUUGCCAAAUGUUGUAUGUUAAUUUAGCUGGUCAAUGUAUGUAAGCCUAUAUUUACCAUGUUUUUUUCUGCCUGUGUCCAUGUGCUGUUUGUUACAGUAUAUAUAUGUAUGUACUACCUAAUAAAACAGUGAAUCCUUGGA